UAUCACUCAAAAAUGAUCUUUUCAGUCUUUUACUUUUGAACUAAGACAAAACACGUAGAGAACUGCAGUACCAUUUGGUAAACAUUGUUAUGACUUUGAACAGCAGAAGGAGGUGGUGUUUCAUUCCAAAAUAUGAUGUCAGAUGGACAGUUUUCUUCACCAUAUUAUAUGUAUGGUGUACCCUAUGUGGAGCUUCAUCUUUAACUACUGAUGCACCAACCACACAGAUUUUACAAACAGCCAAUGAUGUUUGUACAAUAAAAACUAAAGGAUCUAUUGGCACACCUAUGACCACUAAACAAAAUCCCAAAUGUACAGCUGUGACUUUCACACCUACACUUCCUACAACAGGUCCAAAUUCAAUGUCUACAAUGUUACCUUUGAUUACAACAGAAUCUGUAAUUAUAACAACAACAGAUAUGAUUCCCACGUCUAUACUCGGAUCCUUAUCAGCUACAACGGCACCUCCAACAGCGACAGAUGCUGCUUCAACAACAAAUCUUACUUCAACAUUAACAGAAUCUUUGACAACAGAAACAUCAACAACUGUAGAUGUGAACCUCACAACCACUCUUAUACCAUCAGAAACUACAACAACAACACUAUCUUCAACAUCUGAAACUGCAGAAACCACAACUGUGACUCCCACAAUCAUUCUUAUAUCAUCAGAAGCUACAACAGUCAGUGCUACUUCUACAACAACAACACCAUCUUUACCAACUGAAACUUUAACAGACACAGUUGGAUCUUCCACAAACGCUCCUAUAUCCUCAGAAGCUGCAACAACAGUUAGUGCUACUACAACAACAGCAUCUUCAGCAACUGAAGCUUUCACAACAUCAUAUGUGGAGCCUAAUACCACACCUACAUUCCCAGAAUCCACAACUGCACCUCAAGCCACAGAGAGUACUAGUGCCACAAUCCCACCUUCAACAACUGAAACUUUAACACCUACAGCUGUAUCUUCCACAGUCACUUUUAUAACCACAGAAACUACAUUAACAGAUGCUACUUCAGCAACUACACUAUCUUCCACAUCUGAAACUGCAGAAACCACAUUUGUGACUCCCACAACCACUCUCAUAUCCUCAGAAGCUUCAACAGUCAGUGCUACUUCUACAACAACACCACCAUCUUUACCAACUGAAACUUUAACAGACACAGUUGGAUCUUCCACAAACGCUCCUAUAUCCUCAGAAGCUGCAACAACAGUUAGUGCUACUACAACAACAGCAUCUUCAGCAACUGAAGCUUUCACAACAUCAUAUGCGGAGCCUAAUACCACACCUACAUUCCCAGAAUCCACAACUGCACCUCAAGUCACAGAAAGUGCUGGUGCCACAAUCCCAUCUUCAACAACUGAAACUUCAACAGACACAGUUGUAUCUUCCACAACCGCUCCUAUAUCCUCAAAAGCUACAACAGUUAGUGCUACUACAACAACAGCAUCUUCAGCAACUGAAGCUUUCACAACAUCAUAUGUGGAGCCUAAUACAACACCUAAAUUCCCAGAAUCCACAACUGCACCUCAAGCCACAGAAAGUGCUGGUGCCACAAUCCCAUCUUCAACAACUGAAACUUCAACAGACACAGUUGUAUCUUCCACAACCGCUCCUAUAUCCUCAGAAGCCACAACAACAGUUAGUGCUACUACAACAACAGCAUCUUCAGCAACUGAAGCUUUCACAACAUCAUAUGCGGAGCCUAAUACAACACCUAAAUUCCCAGAAUCCACAACUGCACCUCAAGCCACAGAGAGUACUAGUGCCACAAUCCCACCUUCAACAACUGAAACUUUAACACCUACAGCUGUAUCUUCCACAGUCACUUUUAUAACCACAGAAACUACAUUAACAGAUGCUACUUCAGCAACUACACUAUCUUCCACAUCUGAAACUGCAGAAACCACAUUUGUGACUCCCACAACCACUCUCAUAUCCUCAGAAGCUUCAACAGUCAGUGCUACUUCUACAACAACACCAUCUUCAACAACUGAAACUUCAACAUCUACAGUUGUAUCUUCCACAGUCACUUUUAUACCCACAGAAACUACAUCAACAGAUGCUACUCCAGCAACAGCACUGUCUUCAACAUCUGAAACUUCAGAAACCACAUUUGUAACAUCCACAACCACUCUCAUAUCCUCAGAAGCUUCAACAGUCAGUGCUACUUCUACAACAACACCAUCUUCAACAACUGAAACUUCAACAGACACAGUUGUAUCUUCCACAGUCACUUUUAUACCCACAGAAACUACAUCAGUUAAUGCUACUCCAGCAACAGCACUGUCUUCAACAUCUGAAACUUCAGAAACCACAUUUGUAACAUCCACAACCACUCUCAUAUCCUCAGAAGCUUCAACAGUCAGUGCUACUUCUACAACAACACCAUCUUCAACAACUGAAACUUCAACAUCUACAGUUGUAUCUUCCACAGUCACUUUUAUACCCACAGAAACUACAUCAACAUAUGCUAUUCCAGCAACAGCACUGUCUUCAACAUCUGAAACUCCAGAAACCACAUUUGUGACUCCCACAACCACUCUCAUAUCCUCAGAAGCCUCAAUAGUCAGUGCUACUUCUACAACAACACCAUCUUCAACAACUGAAACUUCAACAGACACAGUUGUAUCUUCCACAACCGCUCCUAUAUCCUCAGAAGCCACAACAACAGUUAGUGCUACUACAACAACAGCAUCUUCAGCAACUGAAGCUUUCACAACAUCAUAUGUGGAGCCUAAUACCACAGCUUUAUUCUCAGGAUCCACAACUGCACCUCAAGUCACAGAAAGUGCUGGUGCCACAAUCCCAUCUUCAACAACUGAAGCAUCAACAUCUACAGUUGUAUCUUCCACAGUCACUUUUAUACCCACAGAAACUACAUCAACAGAUGCUACUCCAGCAACAGCACUGUCUUCAACAUCUGAAACUGCAGAAACCACAUUUGUGACACCCACAACCACUCUCAUAUCCUCAGAAGCUUCAACAGUCAGUGCUACUUCUACAACAACACCAUCUUCAACAACUGAAACUUCAACAGACACAGUUGUAUCUUCCACAACCGCUCCUAUAUCCUCAGAAGCUACAACAACAGUUAGUGCUACUACAACAACAGCAUCUUCAGCAACUGAAGCUUUCACAACAUCAUAUGUGGAGCCUAAUACCACACCUUUAUUCUCAGGAUCCACAACUGCACCUCAAGCCACAGAAAGUGCUGGUGCCACAAUACUACCUUCAACAACUGAAACUUCAGUGGCCGCUGUUGUGACUCCUGUAACCACUCAUAUAUCCUCAGAAACUACAACAAUAAAUGUUACUCCAACAACAGUUUUGUCAACUACUGUGCCUUUCGAAACCACAGAUGUAAACCCCAAUACAAUUCCUGCAUCAUUUACAGCUGCACCUCCAGCAACAGAAAAUCCUGAUAAAACAACUCCAUUAUCAACAACAAAUGAGGUUUCAGUAACAACAGAUGUAACUCCUACUUCCAAGUCUUCAUCCUCAGAACCUGCACCUUCAACCUCCUCAAAUGCUGCUCCUACUGCAUCUUCCACCAGUGAAGGUUAUAGCACAACAUCUGUGACCUCCAUCCCUACUCUAAUACCAUCUGAGAUUACAGCAACAAAUGAAGCUUCAAUAUAUUCAACUUCACUAGUAUCCUUAAACACAACAAAUAUGUAUCCCACCAAUACACCAGUUUACAAGACAACAACUAAAACUGGCACAGCAACAACAUUUGUCACUCCUACAACUAUGCCAAUGUUCUCAGAAAUUACGACAUCCUUUCUAGCAGCCACAUCUUUGCAAAAUGAAACUACAAAUGCAGUGACUUCAAUUCAAAUUACAGACACUCAAAAGCCAACAAUGUCAAUAACAAGCCCUGAACCGACGGUCAUAAUUGUUACACAAGAGACCACUAUAUCAUUGCCAGUGUCAACAACUGAUUCUACCCAAAGAACAAACCAAACAACAGCUGUGGUCACAAGCAGACUGUUAUUCAACUCUUCAUCUCCAGUCCCCAGUGAAGCUCAGGUCCUGAAUGCUGUCAACGCUCUUCUCACAUCCAGACAGUUGUGGCUUGAUAAAUCAGUGGAAAUUGUCAAUGUCACCUUCGAGGAACUCUCAGACACCUCAUAUGCCAUCAUCUUUAUAUUUGAUCUGACAAAUAUCAGCAUUCCUGAAGACCCUGUACUCAAAAACAAGAGCUACAAUCAAGUGGAAAGUAAUGUCAAUAAUGCACUGAAUACUCUUCUGAAUGAACCUACUAGUGCACCUUUACAACCCAAAUCAGCAAACUUCACGAGCACAUCUAACCAGAUUGAGGGCAUUAUGGGAUACACAUUCCUGGAUGAAGAUGUCAUCCAACCAGUCAGCUUCCUAAAUGAACUUCGUUUACAGAAAGCAUGGACGACUACAACAGCCAGUUCCACGGUGACUCCUGCAAUUGCAAUAUCUGGUCCAGCAGUGAUCACAAGCAGGCUGUUGUUCAACUCCUCAUCUCCAGUCCCCAGUGAAGCUCUGGUCCUAAGUGCUGUCAACACACUUCUCAACUCCAGAGAGUCACAGCUCGAUCCAUCAGUGAAAAUUGUCAAUAUUACAUAUGAGAAACUUUCAGACACCUCAUAUGCCAUUAUCUUUAUAAUUAAUCUGACAAUUAUAAGCAUGCGUAAAGACCGUGUACUGAACAACAAUAACUACAAACAAGUGGAGGAUAGCAUAAAUAAUGCACUGAAUACUCUUCUGAAUGAACCUACCAGUGCACCUUUACAACCCAAAUCAGCAAACUUCACGAGCACAUCCAACCAGAUUGAAGGCAUUAUGGGAUACACCUUCCAGGAGGAAGAUGUCAUCCAGCCAGUCAGCUUCCUAAAUGAACUUCGUUUACUGACAGUAGUGACAACUACACCAGCCAGUACUACGGUGACUUCAGCAAUCCCAAUAUCUGGAUUAGCGGUGGUCACAAGCAGGCUGUUGUUCAACUCCUCAUCUCCAGUCCCCAGUGAAGCUCUGGUCCUCACUGCUGUCGACACUCUUCUUAACUCAAGAAUACCACAGCUCAAUCAAUCAGUGAAAAUUGUGAAUGUCACCUACGAGAAACUCUCAGACACCUCAUAUGUCAUCGUCUUUACAUUCGAUCUGCCCAAUAUCAGCAUUCCCGAAGACCCUGUACUCAAAAACAAGAGCUACAAUCAAGUGGAGAGUAAUGUCAACAAUGCACUGAAUACUCUUCUGAAUGAACCUACCAGUGCACCUUUACAACCCAAAUCAGCAAACUUCACGAGCACAUCUAACCAGAUUGAAGGCAUUAUGGGAUACACCUUCCAGGAGGAAGAUGUCAUCCAACCAGUCAGCUUCCUAAAUGAACUUCGCUCACAGAUAGCAACAACGACUACAAUGGCCAGCUUCACUGACACUCCUGCAAUUCCAAUAUCUGGAUUAGCGGUGGUCACAAGCAGGCUGUUGUUCAACUCCUCAUCUCUAGUCCCCGGUGAAGCUCUGGUCCUCACUGCUGUCAACACUCUUCUUAACUCAAGAAUACCACAGCUCAAUCAAUCAGCGAAAAUUGUGAACAUCACCUAUGAGAAACUCUCAGACACCUCAUAUGCCAUCAUCUUUACAUUAAAUUUGACCGAUAUCAGUAUCCCUGAAGACCCUGUACUGAAAAUCAAGAGCUACAAACAAGUAGAGGAUAGCGUCAAUAAUGCACUGAAUACUCUUCUGAAUGAACCUACUAGUGCACCUUUACAACCCAAAUCAGCAAACUUCACGAGCACAUCCAACCAGAUUGAAGGCAUUAUGGGAUACGCUUUCAAGGAGGAAGAUGUUAUCCAACCAGUCAGCUUCCUAAAUGAACUUCGUUUACUGACAGUAGUGACAACUACACCAGCCAGUACUACGGUGACUUCAGCAAUCCCAAUAUCUGGAUUAGCGGUGGUCACAAGCAGGCUGUUGUUCAACUCCUCAUCUCCAGUCCCCAGUGAAGCUCUGGUCCUCACUGCUGUCGACAAUCUUCUUAACUCAAGAACACCACAGCUCAAUCAAUCAGUGAAAAUUGUGAAUGUCACCUACGAGAAACUCUCAGACACCUCAUAUGCCAUCGUCUUUACAUUCGAUCUGCCCAAUAUCAGCAUUCCCGAAGACCCUGUACUAAAAAACAAGAGCUACAACCAAGUGGAGAGUAAUGUCAACAAUGCACUGAAUACUCUUCUGAAUGAACCUACCAGUGCACCUUUACAACCCAAAUCAGCAAACUUCACGAGCACAUCUAACCAGAUUGUGGGCAUUAUGGGAUACACCUUCCAGGAUCAAGAUGUCAUCCAGCCAGUCAGCUUCCUAAAUGAACUUCGUUUACUGACAGUAGUGACAACUACACCGGCCAGUACUACCAUGACUUCAGCAAUCCCAAUAUCUGGAUUAGCGGUGGUCACAAGCAGGCUGUUGUUCAACUCCUCAUCUCCAGUCCCCAGUGAAGCUCUGGUCCUCACUGCUGUCGACACUCUUCUUAACUCAAGAACACCACAGCUCAAUCAAUCAGUGAAAAUUGUGAAUGUCACCUACGAGAAACUCUCAGACACCUCAUAUGGCAUCAUCUUUACAAUAAAUUUGACCAAUAUCAGGAUGCCUGAAGACCCUGUACUGAAAAUCAAGAGCUACAAACAAGUGGAGGAUAGCAUCAAUAAUGCACUGAAUACUCUUCUGAAUGAACCUACCAGUGCACCUUUACAACCCAAAUCAGCAAACUUCACGAGCACAUCUAACCAGAUUGUGGGCAUUAUGGGAUACACCUUCCAGGAGGAAGAUGUCAUCCAGCCAGUCAGUUUCCUAAAUGAACUUCGAUCACAGACAGGUUUGUCAAAAUCACCGACGACUACAAUGGCCACUUCCACUGCCAGUUCCACCCCUGCAGUUCCAAUAUCUGGAUUAGCGGUGGUCACAAGCAGGCUGUUGUUCAACUCCUCAUCUCCAGUCCCCAGGGAAGCUCUGGUCCUCACUGCUGUCGACACUCUUCUCAAAUCCCGAGAGUUACGGCUCAAUGAAUCAGUAAAAAUUGUUAAUGCUACCUAUAAGAAACUCUCAGACACCUCAUAUGCCAUCAUCUUUACAAUUAAUCUGACUAAAAUCAGCAUGCCUGAAGACCCUGUACUGAAAAACAAGAGCUACAAACAAGCCGAGGAUACCAUCAAUAUUGCACUGAAUACUCUUCUGAAUGAACCUACCAGUGCACCUUUACAACCCAAAUCAGCAAACUUCACGAGUACAUCUAACCAGAUUGAGGGUGUUAUGGGAUACGCAUUCCAGGAUGAAGAUGUCAUCCAACCAGUCAGCUUCCUAAAUGAGCUACGAUCACAGACAGUACCAACAACUACAAUGGCCAGUUCCACUGUGACUCCUGCUAUCCCAAUAUCUGGUUCAGCGGUGGUCACAAGCAGGCUGUUGUUCGACUCCUCAUCUCCAGUCCCCAGUAAAGCUCUGGUCCUCACUGCUGUCGACACUCUUCUCACAUCCAGACAGUCACAGCUCAAUGAAUCAGUGAAGGUGGUGAAUUUCACAUAUGAGCAAAUUUCAGAAAGCUCAUAUGCCGUCACCUUUAAAUUUAAUAUAACUCAACUCAGCAUGCCAAGUGACUCUGGGCUUAGAAACAACACAUACCUGCAAGUAGAGGAUACUAUAAGCAAAGCACUGAACACUCUUGUGAACGAACCUAAGAAUCCAACUUUAAAGCCCAAGUCAUCUAACUUCAAGAGUGCAUUAAAUCGUAUUGAGGGAAAUAUGGAGUAUGCAUUCCAAAAAGAUGACGUCCUACAACCAAUCAGCUUCCUACAUCAGCUUAGUUUAUUGACAGUCACAACAACAACCAGCAGUCUGACAACAACAACAACAACUACAACAACAACAACAACGUCUCCACCAACUUUGAUGGGAGUGGUUACUAUAUUUAUUAAGCUUCAGUUCAUCACUCUGGGCCCAAUACCGAGUGAAAACAGCAUCAUACCACUGGUCAAUUCUUUGGUCACUUCUCGUUUGCAAACUAAGGAUGUCACCACACAAAACAUGCAAGCGAGCUAUGUGAAUGUCACCUAUAACAGGAUUAGUGAUUUCUCCUAUGUACUCAUAUUUGAAUUCAAAAUCAGCAAUGUGCCCAUGCGUGAGACAUUUGAACUGAGGAAUGAAACCUACGUUCAAAUCCAAACCUCUAUAAACAAUUUGCUGCCCAAAGUCCUGAAUGACCCCACACCUCCUCAAAUUGAAUUAAAUCAAGUGGUGUUCAACAAUACUAAUAAUGAGAUUCAGGCCAAUGUUCAGUUUGUUUUCUCACAAAGUAAUGUAAACACAACCAGUACCUUGGUCCAAGAAAUUCUGAAAGUUAAUGGAGUUAUUACCACAUCUGCACCUGCUUUAACGACAGCCAGCACAUUGUUGAUAACCUCUCCUCCAACCUUGCUUGGGAAGGUGGUUAUCUACAUCAGCCUUAUAUUUAAAACAAAAGGCCCUCUGCCAAGUCAGAGCAACGUCCUUCAGAUGGCAAAUUCCCUGUUGUUGAGAUUUAAAAUGAAAUCUAAAAGAUCCAUCACAGAAAAAGAGCUGCAAGACCUUGUGAAUGGUGUCAAUGUCACUUAUACAAAACUUGAUGAUACCUCAUUCUCUCUGAACUUUGGAUUUGAAAUCAGCAACGUAACCAUGUCUGAGAAAGUUGAACUCAGGAAUGACACCUAUGUCGUGAUCCAGACCUACAUAAACAGCUUUGUGUCCAAGAUCCUCAAUAAAACAACAACUGUUGACUUUAACUUCAACCAAAUUGCUUUCUUGAGCAAUUCCUCCAUCAUUGAAGCCAAUGUCACGUACGUGUUCUCAGACAGUGAUGUUGGUGCUUUUGGCUUGGUCGCCUCUAUACUCGGAGCUUCCACCACACCUGCUCCAGCCACCACUUACCCUACAGUUCUGAACACUACGAUUUCAGGCAACAGCACAAAUGCAGCAUGGGUUGUGGCUAUCAUUGUACCCUGCGCGAUUGUCAUCAUGCUUGUACCUUGCUGGAUUCUCCUUUGUUGUUUGCUGUGUGGUUGCUGUGCAGCAAUCAGAAGACGUUGGCACAGGAGACAGUCUUACAAUGUACAGUACUCCACUCGAAACAGCCUCUUCUAGAGAAAUUCAAGAGCAAAGCCUGGAUGUCUAUAAUAUGUAAACUAUUAUUUAAGGAAAUAUUUAUUUAUUUGAAAAUGAUGCUAAUGUAAUGAUGAACUUGAAUUUACGUAAUGUUUGGGACAAAUGUAGAAUGUGUUGAUCACUUCUUUCUUCACACUUCAUGUAUUUUAUCCUCAUAAUAUAUUUAAUUGCCCCCUUUUUCCACAAAUCCACAUGAAUGUGAAUGUAUUGUCUGUAUUGUUGAAAUGGUAUUUUAUUAAAAGCAGUUUAUACAAAUA